CAGCCUAAGUAUUCUUCAAUUGGUACUAUUUCGUACUUCAUAGUAUAAUGUCGAGAAAGAGGGUGCGAGGAGAAGACAAUACAAAGUUAAAAAUGGCAGAAGCUAUAAGCACACGCAGUGUGGGUGCAGGCGAGUGGCAGGGAAGUGAGCUGCUGGCGCAGAAUGGCAGCGACACCAGCUUCUGCAGCUCCAGUCAGACCCUCAUGCUUUCACAGUCGCUGAGGUUCGCGGCGCCGUUCAGCACGGACCCGAUAGCGGUGGCGGAGCGCGAGUGCUGCGCGUACGGGCGAGUGGCGCGCGCGGCGGCCGCGGCGGGCACGGCGGGUCGCCGCGUGCGCGUUUACUCGGAUGGCAUCUACGACAUGUUCCACCAAGGUCACGCGCGCCAGCUGCAACAGGCCAAAACUGUCUUUCCCAACGUCUACCUCAUCGUCGGAGUGUGCAACGAUCAGCUGACGCACAGCCGCAAGGGCCGCACGGUGAUGACGGAGGACGAGCGCUACGAGGCCGUCCGCCACUGCCGAUACGUCGACGAGGUGGUGCGGGACGCGCCGUGGGAAUACGACGAGGCUUUUAUGGAGAAGCACAAGAUCGACUUUGUGGCGCACGACGACAUCCCCUACACCACCGAAGACUGCGACGACACAUACGCCAUGAUCAAGUCCAAGGACAUGUUCGUCGCCACCGAGCGCACCGAAGGCGUGUCGACGUCGGACAUCGUGGCGCGGAUCGUGCGCGACUAUGACAUCUACGUGCGGCGCAACCUGGCGCGCGGCUACUCCGCUAAGGAGCUCAACGUGUCCUUCCUCAACGAGAAGAAGUUCCGCCUGCAGAACAAGAUGGACGAGCUCAAGGACAAGGGCAAGAAGGUAAUGACGAACAUUGGCGAGAAGCGCGUCGACAUCCUGACGAAGUGGGAGGAGAAGUCUCGCGAGCUGAUCGACGCGUUCCUGCUGCUGUUCGGGCCAGACGGGCGCCUGUCCAGCAUCUGGAACGAGUCCAAGGGGCGGCUCAUGCAGGCGCUCAGCCAGCCGCCGUCGCCGCGCGCCUCGCCGCCGCCUAGCGAGAACGGCGACGACUCCCAGGACCGCGCGCUCGCGCUCGCCUCCGCCCACGAUGCCGCGCCCGCGCCCGCGCUCGCGCGCGCCCUUGCGCACGCUCGCGCGCACAGAAGCUCGGCAUCGCCGCCGCCACCCAAAUCGCGCCGCUACGAGACGCUGUGGGAGCCGCAAGCAGGUAACUGGAUGCGUCGAGCCCUGAAGGGCUGGGGGCGGAAGCGGCCGCACUCCGCCAGCUGACGGACGACGGCUCGGACAGCGACGAUGACUACCAGGACACCAGCGCCUACCUCUAAGCUCCGCGCUCCGCCACAGCCGCAGCCGCUACCGCCACCGGCACCGAUGUACAUUGUAACUAUAUACAUUGUCGCCAAACCCGCUAGCAAAUCUACUUUGUUACAACGAACACCGUUAUAUCUGUAGAGGAUAGUAUGUUUUCCUGGAAUCACUUAUGUGUCUUGUUGGUGUUGUGGAUGUAAACGCCAAUUUGGCUAGCAUAUUUCGACCGCCGAUUAUGACUGAUAUUACCGAUAAAAUGGAGAUGCCGACGCAAGAAUACCAAUUUGUGACACUAGUUUGGAGGCAUUUUUAGGGUUCCGUAGCCAAAUGGCAAAAAACGGAACCCUUAUGGAUUCGUCAUGUCUGUCUGUCCGUCCGUAUGUCACAGCCACUUUUUUUUAUUUAGAGCGUUCAAAUAUCACCAUAAAUCUAAACUUGGUGAUUAAAUUGGAGAUUGACGCCAAUUUCAUUUCUGAUCACAUCGACCGAUUUGAUCAUCCCGUCUGGACUUGCCUUUAGGCCGUGAUUUGAUAGGAACAUAAUCACACGCGAUUAGGCAGACCUACAGAUGGUUAAGACAAUUCAAAGGAUAAACUAACUAAUGCCAAUGAACAGUCCCUUUAACCUUAUUUUAAGGCAGCAGCGAAGUUAUUCCUACAAAAUAGGGGCCAAUAUCAGUACUUAAUUUAAUGAGCCAAUCAUCGGGUAGUUUACCCAUAUUCCUAUGUUCAUAACCUGUCUCAUCAAGACACAAAUCUCAUGGGUUUCCAUGACAACCCACUAAUAAUAUCUGUCUUUAUGGUGUUUAGAAACACCAUUCGAGAUAUGGUGCCCAGUUUCAGACAAAACGGUUUCAGGGAAAUAGUAAGUUGAACUUAGGACUAUAGUCCAUGGGCCAGCCAAAAGUUAGAUAGGUUUAUUAUGAUGUUAAAAACCAUGAUUGCCAUCUUAAAAUAGUAGCUAACCAAAAUGGCCUCCAAUCCAAGAAGGCGGAUAUUGAGUUUAAACCAUAGCUCUAUAUGUGUGCUUGAAAUGUUGGUCUAUAUAUUGAAUCGAUAAAGUCAAUCGUUAAUGAAAUAAUUAAAGAAAUAUUGAAAAUUUUCUCAUUUGUUUGUAAUACUUUUUUUUAAUCAUGUUUUUAAUAGAUUUUACUUCCGUUGACUAAAUAACUGCGUACAGAACAAAAAGCGUCAGAUAGAAGUUGUCUCUCUCUUCCUAGCUAUCUAUCCUACUUGGUGGUGGGGUCAGCUUUCCUGCUUAAACUUCUCCACUUCGCCCUGUCCACGAAAUCGUUCUCGGAUAACUUGCACUCACUCAUGUCCUACAUCCUUCCAUCUUGUUCUGGGUCUGCCCCUGGAUCUUCGAACUGGUUUGUAAAGUUCAAAUGUCCUACGUAAUUAGAAGGCCUUCUUAUCAUGUGAUGUGACCAUACCAUCGCAGGCAUCGCAGCCUGCUCUCCUGCAUUUUAUCGGCGAUGUCGCGCACGCCCAGGCUUCCUCGUACGUACUCGUUACGGAUUUUGUCGAGCCUGGUAACGCCGCACAUCCACCUCAGUAUCUUCAUCUCGGCAACUUGGAUGGUGUGCACGAGUCGUUGGUCGUAGUCCAUGUCUCGCAGCCAUACAUAAGAACAGGCCUUAUUAUACUUUUGUAUACCAGACCCUUGAGUUUGACGGACAUUCUCCUGUCACACGUAACACCAGUCACUUCUCGCUAUUUUAGCCAAGCAGCGGCUAUUCGGUGUUGAAUAUUGCAUUUCACAUUCCCAGAAUGAUGCAUCAUGCUACCUAGAUACUUGUACUGAUCGAACACGGUGACUAGUUGCCCAUCGAUGGAAAUUGGGCAAUUGUCGCUUGGAUGUGGCUCGUUCAGGGACAUGAAUUGGAUAUUUGCAACACUCAACACUAGGCCACCGCCCUGUAACUGGUGCUUCCAUGACAGGAGUGCUUCCUGUAACUCAAUACAGAUCUCGGUACAAAUAGCCACAUCGUCAGCGUAAACAAAAGUCCAAUUCGCUGAGUUUUGCGCUGCCUCGGUGAGUGAGUCCCAAACCAAGCAGAACACUAAACAGGAAGGGGCUCAGUACUAAGCCUUGAUGAACGCCUUCCGUAACCGCUAUAGGUUUUGUUUCACCCACUACCGCCCUUACCCAGUGGUAAUACCUUGCACCCUUUUACAUGUCGGUUAUGACAUUGAAUUGAAUGAAUGAAUUUAUUUAUUUAUUACAGACAACAUAAGGUCCACAUAUUGUUCGUUUUUAGCAUAAUCUACAUGUUAGUUAAAAUAACGCUAAUAACAUUGACAUACUGUUCCGCGACGUUCUUCUUGCGAAGGCUCCACCAGAUCGUGUCCCUUGGGACUCGAUCAAAUGCCUUUUCCAUGUCCAAGAAUGCAAUGUGCAAUGGCCGUUUUUUGACGCAGUACUCCUCAGCAAUCGUGCUCAGAGCGAACAUGGGGUCGGUGGUAGAUAGGCCAGGUACGAAGCCAUAGUGAUGCUUAGACAGAACAUUCUGCUCUUAGUCGACUAUCUAUCACUCGUUCGUACAGCUUCAUAGUAUGGCUUAAAAGCUUGAUACCGCGAUAGUUAUUGCACUCAUACUUGCUUCCUUUUCCCUUAUAAAUUGGAAGAAUGGUACUCAACCUCCUGCCUCUGGCAUUUUGGAGGAGACCAGAACAUGGAUGAAGAGAUUGAUGUUAAGCAGCAGAUAUGUGUAUAAUGUCAAUAAUAUGUGGCGAGAUAGUACCCCCAAAAGACGGACAAUAUUGGGCAGUGUUAUUUAACGCAGCAAUAAUAAGGAAUUUUGAGCCUGUUACUAAACGACGUGAUAUACCUACCGGAUGAACAGAGUCAAUUUCACCACUAACACGGCUGUAAGAAAAUUACUGACAGAAGGUUCAUCUUCUCCUGUUUCUUCUGACAGCGAAAUCCCAGCGCGCAGUUAUUUAGUCAACGGUGAAUUUCAACGGAAGUAAAAUCAAAUUCAUGAUUCCAUGUAUGUUAGUCAUCAGACCCAUGACAAGUUAUACGUCAAAUUAAAGAUAAUUAAAUACACUAUUUUGCCUCGUUUAAAACUUUUUUUGAAAUGUACAAGAUAUUUUGUAUUAACAUGAUUUAAAAAAAAGAGAAAAUUUUCAAUAUAUCUUUAAUUACUAAUUAACGGUUGACUUUAUCGAUAAAAUAUAUAAACAAAAUUUAAACCACACAUUUUUAUUUUAUUUAAAAAAAAUUGUAAUGAAAUCGGACGAAUACUUUUCGAGUUAUGGUUCAUUUUGUAAAACUUAAUAUCCGCCAUCUUGGAUUGGCGGCCAUUUUGUUUAGCUACCAUUUUGAGAUGGCAAUUUGGCUAGCUGGCCCAUGGACUACAAAAUGUAGGUUCUUAUGUCUGAGUAAUGUACGAGUACAUCGCUGCCGCUCGAGUGGGAGUUGUACAAGUUGACGCACGGUUGAAGAGAAGAAUAGAAGAUAUUUUCGAGUUGUUAAUUAUUUAAAUUAUUUUAUAGAGUAUGUUACAUCUGGAUUUUUUGUAUGAAUACUGUUUGAGUACAAUUGAGUGAAUGUAUUUAAUCAUUUUAGUCUUAAUAACGUAUUAUUUAUGUUUCUAUAAUAAAAAUCUCUUUAUAACUCCGUUAGAUAUGUACAGGGCACUUGUAGUUUUUUAAGCACCAUGAAACAUUAUUUGUAAAUGUUUGUCAGUUAAUUAAAAGGUGCUUAUUAUUAAGAAA